ACUUUGCUUUUCAGAUGUUUAUUAAAGUUUGAGCUGUAAAAGCGAGAUAUGGACUGUAACUGAUUAAAUAUGUGAAUUUUGUAAUCACCCGUGCAGUCUUUAUCUGUGCCUGAGACUUGGUACACAUUUUACAGUGUUGGCAGUCCAGUCCUCCCUUAGAUCAGAGAGGUCCAGUGUGCAGCUAUGUCAGGAGACAGGACGGAACAGCGAGCGCUUCAGUAUGAGCAAACUUUGAUGUAUGGCAGAUAUACCCAGGAGCUGGGGGUAUACGCCAAAGAAGAAGCAGCACGCUUGCGGGAGGAGACCGGUUUCAGGAGGACGCCGUUCAGCGAGCGCAGCCGGUCUGCGGAGCUGCUGGAGUACGACAAGAGCCGCUGCACCAGGUGUCGAAGGCACUCUUUUAUGCUAGAUGCUGCAGCUCAAGACAUUUUCUCUGUCUGCACCGUGAGAUGCCAGAAGUUCCUGAUCUCCAGGGUGGGGGAGGACUGGAUCUUCCUGAUUCUGCUCGGGCUUCUGAUGGCGCUGGUGAGCUGGGCCAUGGACUACGCCAUCGCUGUCUGUUUGCAGGCACAGAAAUGGAUGUACGGUGGGCUGGACAGCAAUGUCUUCCUGCAAUACUUGGCCUGGGUCACCUUUCCUGUGGUCCUCAUCACCUUCUCUGCGGGAUUCACGCAGAUUCUCGCACCCCAGGCAGUCGGCUCAGGGAUUCCUGAGAUGAAGACAAUCCUGCGCGGGGUGGUCCUCAAAGAAUACCUCACUUUCAAAACCUUCGUGGCCAAGGUGAUUGGCCUGACCUGCGCCCUGGGGAGCGGUAUGCCUCUUGGUAAAGAGGGUCCGUUUGUGCACAUUGCCAGCCUGUGUGCAGCACUGCUCAGCAAGUUCAUGUCACUGUUUGGUGGAAUUUAUGAGAAUGAGUCCCAGAACAUCGAGAUGCUGGCAGCUGCCUGCGCUGUGGGGGUCGGCUGCUGCUUCGCUGCACCCAUCGGUGGCGUCCUCUUCAGCAUUGAAGUAACCUCCACAUUCUUCGCUGUCAGAAACUACUGGCGGGGUUUCUUCGCAGCCACCUUUAGUGCCUUCAUCUUCCGAGUGCUGGCUGUUUGGAACAAAGACGAAGAGACCAUCACUGCGCUGUUUAAGACUCGGUUUCGGCUGGACUUCCCCUUCGACCUCCAGGAGCUGCCUGCUUUUGCUGUCAUUGGGAUUGCCAGUGGGUUUGGAGGGGCCCUCUUUGUUUAUCUGAACAGGAAGAUGGUUCAGUUCAUGAGGAAACAGAAAACCAUCAACAAGUUCUUAAUGAAGAAGCGCCUGCUGUUCCCUGCUCUGGUAACCCUCCUUAUCACCACUCUCACCUUUCCCCCAGGGUUCGGACAGUUCAUGGCAGGACAGCUCACUCAAAAGGAGACUCUGGUCACCCUCUUUGAUAACCACACCUGGGCCAAGCAGGGCAUCUCAGAGGAGUUUGUGCAGCUCACCACUUCGGGGGCAUGGAAGCACCCUCACGCCAACGUCUUCAUCACCCUUGUCGUCUUCAUCCUCAUGAAGUUCUGGAUGUCUGCCCUGGCUACCACUAUCCCUGUCCCAUGUGGCGCCUUCAUGCCAGUCUUUGUGAUAGGGGCUGCGUUCGGGCGGCUGGUUGGGGAGAGCAUGGCGGCCUGGUUUCCAGAUGGCAUUCAUGCAGACGGGAAUGUUUACCGCAUUGUGCCCGGUGGUUACGCCGUGGUGGGAGCAGCAGCGCUGGCUGGAGCAGUGACCCACACCGUGUCUACAGCGGUCAUCGUGUUCGAGUUGACCGGCCAGAUCUCUCACAUCCUCCCUGUGAUGAUUGCAGUGAUCAUGGCCAAUGCCGUGGCCCAGAGCCUGCAGCCCUCGCUAUACGACAGUAUCAUCCGCAUCAAGAAGCUUCCCUACCUGCCUGAGCUGGGCUGGGGCCAUCACGAGAAGUACAAUAUCCGUGUGGAGGACAUCAUGGUGCGUGAGGUGCACUAUGUCACCCUGAACUGCUGCUACCGGGACCUGCACGAUGUUCUGCAGAUAGGCAACCUCAAGACCUUCGCGCUGGUGGAGUCUGCAGAGUCGAUGAUCCUCCUGGGCUCCAUCGAACGCUCGCAGCUCCAGGCUCUGCUCACCCAGCAGCUGGGGCGGCACAACCGCCUGGUGUACCUGCAGGAAAGGGCACAGGCCGCCAAGAAGCGCCUCUCCACCCACAGCCAGGGCCAGGUCGGCAACGAGCCAGGCAGCCAGCGUGCCAGCCAGGAGGUGCACUUCCAGAUCUCCACGAAUACGUCCACAUUCAGCCCCUCGAACGCCGGACUGCAGAAGCCCCUGAAGCCAGCACUGAAACGAGCCUCUUGCCCCACAGUGGAGACUCCCAUUGGGCCUGUGGACAACACUGCCAUCGCCUUAAAAAACCUGUUUUGUGUCAACCCAGUGAGCGAGGCCACCGAGAACAAUGAGCUGUCAGGUGCCCCUGACAACAGAAAGCCCAAACGAGUGAAGAUAUCCAUUGUGGACGAGUUUGACGUGGAAGAUGACAUGACAGUAUUGGAGAUAGCCGAGUGGGAGGAGAGGCAGCUGGAAGAGCAGGUCAAAUUCAAUAACUGCAAGAUCGACCCGGCGCCAUUCCAGCUGGUGGAGAGGACGUCCCUUCACAAGACCCACACAAUCUUCUCUCUUCUGGGCUUGGACCACGCCUACGUCACCAGCAUCGGCAGGCUGAUCGGGGUGGUGUCACUCAAGGAGCUGAGGAAGGCGAUUGAAGGUUCAGUGACGGUGAAAGGUGUGAAAGUGCGCCCCCCGCUGGCCAGUUUCCGGGACAGCGGCACCACCACCAGCAGCGAGACGGAGACCACAGAGAUCCACAAGCUGUGGGACCGGCACAAGAGGAUAUCUCUGCCACGUGAGUCCAGUCCUUCGGAAACCGACGACAAAUCCCAGUGACGCAGGAGAGCGCGGAUGAGCGCACUGCGGCCCAGGCAGAGACUGUGCCACCUGGGACCCAAGACCCUGCUGCACUGACUGCCCUUUACUGCACAUGUAGGAACCAUGGAGGGACGAUGAGUGUGUGCGCGAAUAGGAGAAGAAAAUUGACUUUUUAUUGUACAUGUUGAACGUCUUGCAAGCUUGUUUGUCUGGGCUACCCCUGUCGUUGAGGCGUUUAUAUAUCUGAAGGUUGUAGACUGGGCUGAGUGAGGUGCACAGACUCCCAUUGCAGAGCAUGUCAUAAUCUUCAUGUUUUUAUGCUAAAAUAGGGACUGUGCAAUGGGAGUCUUCUUGCCAUUCUGUAGAUGGGUCAAGAAAUGGGAAACAGACAUUUUAAUCUUUUAAUCGAUUAAUAAGAGCAUGUGAAUGAUCGAGUAAUCACAUAUCUGUCAGUCCUAAAUGAUAUACAAUUGUGAAAUGAAUGUACAAGUGUUUAAUGAAAGAGAUGGCUUACUUUAUUGUAUUUUAUUUAGCUCUGGCAGGUUCAAUUAAUCAGUUUUAACAAAAACAUGUAAGUGAUGUGAUAAAUCAAUUAAUCUUUAAUCUAAAUUUAUUAUCAUUUUUAUUUCUGCAUUGUUAUUUAAAAAUCAGAACUACUGGUUAGUUUUAUGAAUGUAAAUUACUGGAAGCAAUCUCUAAACUUGUGGCCAGUGGUGUGUGUGAGCGUGUGAAUAUGUAUGUACUGUAUAUUUGUGUGUAUCACAUACCUGAUUAUUGCAUAUCUCUGGCAUAUCAAAUGAAGAGAAAUGCACCAUUGUGGUUCUGAUAACGAUAUAUGUCUGUUUGUUUCAUAAAUAUUCAGGAAUCCUGGCUAUGCACUUACCAUGCCUCUCCUCCGCGGGUGGGGGUACUGGGGGGUGGGAUUGCAAGAUGCAGCACUGACAGCAUCCACAGACCAUGGGGCAGUGAGCAUUGUUGAGCAUCACUAAGGGAAGCAAAUAACUGCAGGUAACUGCUGGUGUGUGCUUCACAUAGUGCAUUGGUGCUAUACCCUGUAAAUUCAUCUGAUAGUGCAGCUUACUGAACUGCACAACCCUGUAUGUGACAGAAAACAGGGAAACUGAUGUGUCUGCUAUUUAAUACAAGCUGCUUGAAAUGUACGUUAUCCAGUAGCUAAACACACACAGGCACAGCAGGGAAGAAACAGGCAAGCUCUAUUGAGGAGUAAGAGGCUCCUCCAAUAGAUACUUUAAACACUCAAGACCUUUUCACAGCCCCUUUCUUUUUUAUGUGCAAUCCCUUUUUUUGUUUACAUUUGUAUGCAUGCUAGUCUUUACUUGCAAACAUGAGACAUGCAGGGGAUUGAAUGAGCAUACCUGUCAGAGGGUCUCUGCUUUUGAGUCUGCGUGAAGCAGUAAGUGCAGAAAAAGAAGAGUUUCUGAAUAUCUGCUGCUUUACGGUCUACAGGCCUCUUCACACACUGGCGCUGCUGCUGUUGAAAAAAGACAUUUACAGAGCAAUAAAUCUGACAGGUGGAGGACCACUGAAUGGGCAUCCUACACACAAACCAUACCCUACCACAAACAUUGAACUCAAUCCUAACCUUAAGGUUCCUAUCAGAUUGUCGUGUGUGCGUGAAUGCAUGUGUACUAAAGUCAUGACUACUGUGUAGAAUUCAGUUUUGUAAUGUUACUUUAUGUUCUUUGCGCAGACAAGCCCUGCUGUGUGACUGGCAUAUAGGGCGUGCCAGUGCAAAAGCCUGUGUUUCAAGUGGCUGGCUCACACUUUUUCAUUUAGCUUGGCUACACUCCAGUCUUCCUCCAUUUCAUUCCUGAAACACUCUGAUUUAGUCCUGACUGACUCGAUGCUGUAAGUGACCACCAUGUCAGCAUCCAGGUUACAGAACCAGCAUCCCUGUGCAGGAAACAUCUGAGAGUGCCCCUUAUUAAACUAGUGUGAGGAAAUCCAGGCUGUUUCAGCUGGGGCUCAGGCACCACGUUAUUAAAGACGGUGGCAUGGCACCAGCUUCCUAACGUCCCCCUCUCACACCCCCCACCCAUGCAUGGCAGCGGGCCCUCUUGUCGCCUAGUUACUGAUGGUGCUUGCUUUUAGGGCUGUUUUCUGUAAACUGUAUCGCUGUGUUUUCAGGGGAGGGGAGAACAGUAAAUGUUUAUGAUGAUUAUCAUUGUUUGUUUGCUUGCUUGUUAUUAAUUGUCCAUUAACUGCCAUUUCUUUAACCUGUUGUUUUCAACGCUGUGCUGUAAAGUGCAACAAAGGGACACUAAAGGAAGGUUUACAAUUUUUAAUAUAUUAAACAUUAUCACUGUAAUUAAUGUGAAUUACAUUUAUACUGCGAUGCUUAACAUCAGGAAAAAAAAAAUCUGUAUGUAUUUUACUGUUUUAAGAAAAGAAAAAUGAAUAAAAUUAUUUCAGAGAUUUAUCUGCAAGGAUACAAAACUUCUGUCUCCCUUUAAAAAACAAAACCCCACCUGGAAACUGUCAAACAAUGUCAUUCAUGUGAAUGAAACGUUAUGACACAGCUCACCAGGCUCAGAUAUGCAAGCGCAAGCAGUUUGGAUCGUUGCACACGUCCUCUGGUAAAGUGUGUCAUUUUGUUUUUGUCGUCGUUCUUGUUUUCUUGUUGUUUAACUGGAACUGAUCACAGGGGUGGAAACUGCAGGGGCAGGUUUUUAACGAUUACAACUCAGAUAGUGCUGAGGAUUGAAAUCCUUUGAAACAAUAGAUGUGUGCAAUAACUCCUCAUCAUUUCAUUUUGUAGCAAGAUUUACUCUACUACUUGACACGAAUGCAAAAUAACCUUAUUUUUGUAAAAAUAAAUAAAUAAAUAAAUAAAAAGAAAUGAAAAAAGCUCAACUGAUUGUUUAGAGGUAACACUUACUUUGUGCUUCAUAGCUGUGCUGCCUUGCACUUUAAUCAUUGAUUGUAUUAGUCCGAUGUUGCUGUCAUGUUUUUGAUGCUUAACCAAUGCCAAUAUCUGUGUGUGUAUAU